AAGAGUCUUCCAGCGAGAGCAGCCACACCGCGCAAAAAAAAUCUAAUCUCUUCCUCCUGCCAAUCCCUUUUUCACAUAGUCUAAAUCCUUCAAUUGAAGCCACAACAGUUGCAAAGAAAGGUUAAUCUCUUCUUCCUAAGCCACGCAAAAGACUUACAGUCGAGCUUUGAUUACUUUCAAGUUAAGGAAGAAGACAUGGCUUCCAUAAUUGCAAGCUUGCCUUCUCCACCAUUGUUGGUUCAUGGUAAAAGGACCCUUUUCAGCACUCUUCAAACGCUCCCACUUUCUCCCAUUAAAGACAGACAGAACUGUGUUUCUGUUGUUGUGAGGGCUACUGGGGAAAGCUCUGAGUCAUCACCCCCCCUCGGGAUUGUUAAGUCUGUUAAAAACAUAUGGGAUGAUUCCGAAGAUAGGCUGGCUCUUAUCGGUUUGGGGUUUGCAGCACUGGUAGCCAUUUGGACGUCGGCAAAACUCAUCCCGGCCAUUGACAAGUUGCCUGUUGUCCCAAGCGUGCUAGAAUUGAUUGGCAUACUUUUUUCUUCAUGGUUUAUAUAUCGAUAUCUUUUGUUCAAGCCCAAUCGGGAAGAGCUAUUCCAGAUCAUCAAGAAGUCAGUUGCCAAUAUCUUAGGCCAGUGAAUCAUGCUUUGAAAUGUAGUCAAGUCGUGUACCUUUAGAGCUUUCCCUGAUUGGCAUAUCGUGUAUCUAUAUGGGUGGCAAUGACCAGUUGACCUACACUUUCAUUUGGUAGUGGAAGUUUUUGAUGCAUCAAGUUUAAGCAAUUCUAUGUUCAUUUUCUGGCACUCGUCUAUUAUCAUCAUUCAAACAUAUUGGAUGUUCAUAACAGGACAGUUGGGAUGAACAACAUGUCAGCACAUAGUACAGAGGUAAGUUAUUGAAACAUUGUUAGCAGAACUUUGCCUAUAGUUUCUCGUGUAUGGCAUUUGAGAUGAAAGGAUAUCAGAAAUUACUUGGGAUAAAUAAAUUUGAACCUUCAAAUUUA